GCAUCAGCAGCAGAACUUGUCCGUCUCUGCAGAACAGAGACUACAGCCCUGCUACGCCAAGUUCGGACACGUUUGAAAAUAAGUUGACUUAUGAGAUAUUUCUUCUGUCGUCUUGUGUCGCUCUUUCAACAUUUCUGAUAUAAGUUUUCAUUGCGAAUCUGGCAAUAUCAAAUUCAUGGCGAUCAGCCUUUACCACGAUUAUGCGACUGUUGGGAUGAAAGGUGGCACGGCCGGCAACGAUGCUGGCCGAGGACGCUCUUACUGAUGUAAUGCAAUUACACAGGUGGCUCCGAUUGGGAUGACACAGGUUCGUCCCAAGCGGUCAAACACAACAACGUAACUCAAGGCAUGUUUAAUGACAACGGCGUUCAAGAAACGGAGCAAGGUUUAGGGCAAAAUUGAUCAAGUACAAACUGUGUGAAUGGUGCAAGCUGUAGCAAGCUGAGUACAAGACUGAAUUCUAGAAAUUCAUGAGAAAGGAAACUAGCCGGUAAAGUGGACAAUUCAUAUCGCGAUGGAGUGAUGAAUCAUAACUGGGUGGUCUUAUCGUUCGUACAAAUACUAUCGCUACUGUGGAGCAAGAUGAGUGCUGUAUUAGAAAUAAACAUACCAAGUUACCAACUACUACUAGGUCCAGCAACUGAUUCGAGUUUGACGACAAAUAAGCCGAACGUAAAAAUAUGUUAUUAAACACUACUCCUACUAACGUAUUGUACAUGCAAAAUGCAUCCGAUGCAUAGGAGGAGAAAAUGUAUAUGCAAACAACGAAGUCAUGUCAGCUGUUCUGGCAUUUUACAUUCGAAGUAUUUACUAGUAUCCUAAUUCUGGUCACUUCAUCACGCUGACGGAUGGAUCAAAAUCAUUAUCAUGGAUGGAUCAUUAAUCUUGUUGUUCUUAAGUUGAUAAUUUCAUUAUGCGAAGGCAUGCCCAAUCUGUAUCCAACUGUUUAUUGUAGUUUAAUUCUAAAUCUAUAACAAACAUUUUACUAUUUCGACCGACUUCUUAGUUCUCACCGUUGAAAUUAAAAAAUGUCCGCGUCAGUAUUGGAAGAUACCAGCAUUCUGGUUUUGGAGCCAUAUCCACCAACUGGGCCAGGAGAUGCAGGAAGUGGUGAUAUAUCUAGCGAAGGAUUGGGAAACAGUAAACACGGGCAAAUGUGCCGCUGCGGAUCUACUUCGGGAAAGGGCACGCGCCGAAAAAGCUAUCGACCACACAGAUCCGCCGAUGUUGAUUUGGAAUACGUGCGUUCAGUAAAUCAGCGGAUCGUAAAUCAAGGUUUGCUGCCGCAUGAUCCUGUUUCGCUUCCUGUCUUUAAGAAUCUGCUGGGAAUUGAGCAGGAGUUUUAUGCUGAUCGCUUUUUUUGCAUCCUGGAUAGUGAAGGUCAUGGUUACUUGCUGCCGCAUGAAUUGACAUCUAGAUUGACCGAUUUGGCCAGCGCUUGUUUGUGUCGGAAGUUUAAGUUAUUGUUCGAUAUCUACGAUGCAAAUGGAAACGGUUCCAUUGAUCAAGAAGAAUUUAAUGCCAUUCUGACACGCUCUAUUGCCGGCAAUUCGCUGUCGUUGAGCACGCAACAGGUGGAGUAUCUUACCAGAACGCUCUUCGAUGCCAUCGACAAGGAUAUGGAUGAUGUGGUAUCCUUCGACGAGUUCCGUGCAUUUCUGGACAGCUCACCGGAACUACUGGACAGUCUGCAAGUGUCAAUUUCGCGCUUUUUGCGCCCACCACGAAUACCGGAUUUUGAAGUUUCGGGCCCUUUAAAAAAGAGGCAUUUUCCGUUAUUGUCAUGUUCUUAUAUGCACCGUCAUCCAUGCGAAUUUGUCUGGGGAUGGCUGUUUUUGGUAUCUGUCGUCGCUUUUUUCACGUACGGAGCCGUAUCUGCUGGAUACCGAAAGUAUGAGUAUUACGGAUCUCCUUGCGUUUAUUAUUACCUAACAGCAAAGGGAUUUGGCAAUGCCAUCAACUGGACAUCAACCCUGGCCGUUGUGUUUAUGCUGAAAGAAAGCAUGACCUUUGUGCGUAGUACAUCGGUUGGCCGUUUCGUUCCAGUGGACUCGAUGGUGUAUAUCCAUAAAGUCAAUGGUUAUGUUCUGGUUGUCGCAAUAUUCUGUCACAUCAUCAUGCAUUUUGCGACAUACGGCUGUGUUAAGUUAUGUGGAUUAGCCUCGCUGAACUAUUCCAGUGCCGGUGAAACUAAUACGAGCACAAUCUUAUCGCCUACGCUGGAUAUCAUUUCUGGCUGGUUCAGUUUCGCCGCCACCUUGCUUAUUUUCACUGGAUCAUUACCCUGCGUGAGAAGAACUGGCCAUUUCGAGGUCUUUUUUUAUACCCAUCUUUCCGGAUACGUCACCUUCUAUAUUGCACUCUUGCUGCACACGUUCCAUCAUAAAUUUUGGCAAUUCAUAAUUGUUCCGGGAACGAUGUACAUAGUCGAAAAGGCAUACGCCAGCUGGAUGAUUCACCGCAAAUCGGGAUAUAAGGUGAUGAUAAGGAAAGUCGUCCAGUGGCCAUCCGGUGUGACCCAGCUUACCGUGGAUCGUCCAGCACAUUUUGUUUACAAUCCCGGUGACUAUAUUCAGAUCAAAAUACCCGCUCUCGCAUGGUUUGAGUGGCAUCCGUUUACUAUUAGCAGUUGUCCGGAAGAGAAAAAUUUCCUGACUUUGCACAUACGGACGGCUGGAGAUUGGACUCGGCGAUUAUACAAUUACUUUGCCGCCCAUUUACGUGAUUCAUCUACGUUUGCCAUCAGUCAUAAACCUUCGACUAAUUCUUUGCGGCAAUCUGUUGUUAACCGCUCCAGUCGGCGUGCUCGAGUGUCUAUCUUCUAUAAAAAGCGUCUAUCGGAAGCCGGUCAAAUUCUCGUCAAACCGAUCAGUACCGUGGUCCACAUUAAAGGUCCCUACGGGACACCAUCCGGAAAGAUCUUCCAAGCUCAACAUGCUAUGCUCAUUUGUGCCGGCAUCGGGGUCACCCCUUUUUCAUCUAUACUUCAGAGCAUAGUUAUUCGUCAUCGCAAUGCCCUAUCGCACAACGUUAUUCAGUCACACGAACCGAUUUCAUUGGGAAACACCACAAAACUGCAAAAGGUUGAUUUUAUCUGGGUGGUUAAAAACCAGCGGAAUUUGGAGUGGUUUAUGGAAUUGCUGGAGGGAUUGGAUGCCGAGCAGUAUAAAGAGGAGCGGUUUCACCAAUUCCUGAAUAUACAGAUUUAUUUGACUUCUUGCACAAAAAUGGAUGAUCUGCAUGCCUUUGCUCUGAUGUCGGCUUUGGAAACGUUUUACAAAAAGCAUAAUCGGGAUUUGAUUACCGGAAUCGCUGCACGAGCGAAGCAUGGUCGUCCAGACUGGAACACGGUUUUUAAAAACGUGGCUGACAACCGUCGCGGUCAUGUGUCGGUAUUCUACUGUGGGCCACAUCCGCUGAGUAGAGAUCUUCGCCGCUACAGCAGUCAGUACGAUUUCCGGUUUUUCAAAGAAUCGUUCUGAAUAUCUUGCAGCCGGUUACAUUCUAUGUUCAGCUUCAUUAUACCUAUAUAUUAUAUCUAUAUAUGUAUUUGAUACUUUUUAUUGGUAUCGCAUUAUGCAGCUGAUGUGCCUAGCUACUGCAUGCAAAAAUCGUGCAAUGUGGCGGGAUUUAAUUUUAUUUUUAUAUCAGCAUUUGUUUUAUUACAACCGUAUUGUAUGGGUUUUUCAUCUCGUUAGUCGGCGAAAACUUAUAUAACUCUGUGAUUGUGAAUAAAGUUGAACUUAAA